AUGCUCUGUUCAAAGUGCAAAGGUUGCCUCCAGACGGAAGCUUACCUGACCACUGCCCAGCCAUCUCACUCUAUAGCACAUCACCAGACGUACCAGAGUCUGGAGCAAGCUAUUGACGCGGGAUGUUAUAUCUGCAAUCGUUUCUGGGAGGCCCUCAGUGCCCAAGAGCAUGUGCUUCUCUCUAGCGCCGUGGACGAAGGAGUAGAGCCAUCAGGUGCAUAUUGCGCCAUUGAAUCAGUUCAACACUACCUCACAAGUACUUCUCUGGAGGAUGGGAAGUCUUAUGGUCACUCUGGCUGCUACCUUCUACAAGUUGCAUACAACAAGCCUGCCAUCACAACUUGCUUCAGAGCGAGCUUUCUUCUUGAACCCGUCAAGUGCGCAAAUACAAACCUCGCAUGUCAAAGCCUCGCACAAAGCACACAUUCCCCAGAGACAUUAUCUUUGGCAAAGGAUUGGGUCAGAGAAUGUACUGCGCAUCAUGAACGAUGCAAAACGCCCGUCGUCGAGAAGCCAUGGUACCCGACACGCCUUCUCUCCUUCGAGCUACCUGAAGCAUCAACAGUCCGCUUGCUGGAGACGGAUCAAACAACUCCUGUCGGACAAUACAUGACACUCACUCAUCGCUGGGGAACUUGCUGUGAGAAAGACGCUGCGGAAGUCUAUCCUGAUGGUCUACCGCUUGCCCUCUCGACAUCCUCGGACGCGAGAUUUAAACAGAUGGAUCCAUUGGACUAUACUGCUCGAGUGGGCCGGUACAAGUACCGCGAUGCUGACGGUAAUUCCGCUCCUCAUUUGCUGUGGCUUCGCAUUGUGGAACUCUAUACAGCUUCUGAGCUCACAGUUCCCAGCGAUAAGCUUAUUGCAUGUUCCGGUAUUGCCAAAAGGGUGGCCGAGAUCCUGCAGGACGAUUACGUCGCUGGUAUGUGGCGUCGGUAUCUAGAAGGCGAACUGCUGUGGGUGGUAGAGGGUAAUCAUCAGCCCGGACGUUGGACGCGACCCAGAGAAUAUCGUGCUCCCAGUUGGUCUUGGGCUUCAAUUGAUGGCCCGAUCACUCCCGGCGAGCCACGAAUUCAAGAUUCUCUGAUUACAGUUGAAGACUACCACCUUGAUUACUGGACAAGCGAUAAGACUGCUGCAAUUCGUGGUGGUUGGCUGCGCCUUCGUGGAGUCCUCAAGAAGACAACUUUAGCACGCAAAAGCUCUACACCGGGCGGAGGCUACCAUUGGGACAUGAUGUUAGAUAAUGAAAGUCUCAAUGUCCCGGAGGAGGCAUCGCCGGGCAACACUGAGCCGCGAGUGAUGCUUGAUAUUCUCCAGGAAGACUUUGAGCAUGAAAACACCAAAGGAUUGUUGUUCUCUAUGUGUGCUAGGUUGAAAACUGGUGAUGGAAGAGGUAUGUACAUACUGCUGUUUAAGAUGGUUGAAGGAGAGACGGGAACCUUUCGCCGUAUCGGCCUUGCCUAUGCCUGGAGUGAGAAGUUGAAGGAAAGGAUAUUAGCAAGCAGUGCGAGAGAGCCGCAAUUACCAUGUCUUGAGUAUCGUGAUGGAUUGCAUUCUAUAUGCAUUAUCUAG